AUUUAAUACACAUUUUGAUCUCACAUGACAAAUUCUUCCAUUUUGUCAUAAAUGGAUGAUUCAACUCAUUCAAAUAUAUUUAACACCCUUAUUGAGAGGUCAAUUGUUUUAGAAUCCCUCAAGGAUACUCUGGAUCAAAUGGUUGAUGGUUUCUACAUCAGAAAGGAAGCAUCAGAUAAAAUAUUAAAGGAAGCUUCCAAGCAAUUCGCGAUGGUACUAUACGGUAGCAAAUUCUUGCUACCAAAGUUCUAUGUAUUUGGCCAAUUGGCUCAAUAUAACUAUUUUAAUCAAACCUGGGUUUUCAAUAUAAAGAAUCCACUGAUGUUUCAGUGUUUGGACCCAGGUAACAUCCAAGGGAUUAAUCAAAAUUCUUCGGAUCCUUUCGACACUGAUGUUGCCGAUGACUACACACCACGGGCCAGGUCCAGUUUGACAAAGGACCUACCCAAAAUGUUAGACUCAAUGGUUUCAGAAAGAUACUGCUUUAAUGGUUAUUUAAAAAUAAUCGCAACAGAGGAUAUUUAAUAUUAAUAUUCUCUUGUAAAUUUUAAAUCAAUAUAGUAAAAUUUACCACACUCACCCAUGCAAACUGAUAAUAUAAUUUUUGUUAACUCAUUUAAGUAUUAAUAUUUGGAUUCCACAGGAGCGUCU